UUCCAAAAUGUUUGUCAUGAGAGGUUUCAACAACCGCAAGAUGAUGUUAUAUUCUUUUUAUGUACUUUUUGUAUGCAUUUUAUUUUAUGUUGUCAUUUGUUUGGGAGCAUAUUAUAAGGACUCAAAUUAUAUUUUUUUCCCUGCUGGGCCUGCAAAACCAGACUUAAACAAAGACAUCAUGGAAGAUGAGGUAUUGCAUACUAAAACACCUACCACUGUGGUGAUCGAGAGGGCCAACAACCAACUGCCAGUCAUAAAAAAUGAGGGUCAUGUGAACAUGCACAUUUUUGAAGACUACUGCGGUGGAUCCAUUGAUCAGUUUAGGAAUAACAUUCUCUAUCCACUAUUUCCCAGUUUGCGUACUACAGUGAGCAGGCUUGCGGUGUCUCCGAAAUCGAAAGAUUAUGGUCUUAGAAUCUUUGGCUAUCUUCACCCUGCAGUGACUGAUGAAUAUAUUUUUGCCAUUGCCUCCGAUGACAAUUCUGAGUUUUGGCUCAGUUUAGACGAAAGUCCUCAAAACCUUCAACGGCUCGUUUAUGUUGGUGAGACAGGAGAUGAAUGGACGGCACCAGGCGAGUAUUGGAAAUUUGCAUCCCAGAUAUCCAAACCCAUCUUGCUAGUGAAAGACAUGAAGUAUUUUUUCGAAGCCCUUCUAAAACAGAAUGAUGGAAUGGAUCAUCUGGAAAUAGCAUGGUGUUUAAACCGCUACAACAGCAGUUUUACAGUGAUAAGCUCUGAGUUUUUAUCAGUAUAUAAAGAUGAAUCAUCUCUACAAAUGGGAGACAUUGAUCACAUACCUCAAACAGAAGCGAGCUAUGAUAGAUUCAUUGAGCCAUUUGCUAAGUCUACCAAACCUACAGGAGACAUGGUCAAAUUAGACCCAAGAGACCAAAUCUAUAAAAUCACAAUGAUGGAUGAAUCCUACUUGAAAGACUUGUUUGUCGAAUGCCAUUACAAACCAAGUUACCUACUCGAAAGAAAGAUUGGACGAUAUGAAGGCGUCAAUUUAAUUUACUUUUCUUCAGUCUACCCAAAUGACCACACAAGGCAAACUCAUGAUCGCACUGAACAUAUGUGCUUCUACAAACAGGAACCAUCAUUUCAGGAAAAUCAAGGGUUUGAACCUUAUCUCUACGAGGUUAAGGAAACUGACUUACAAAAAAACAUUGCAGGUGUUGCUUCUUCAUGGCGGCGUGUCUUUGACGUGAAACCCUUUGAUGUUGCUUCAAAGCAAAAUGCUGCUGCAAUUAAUUCAUGCAAAAAAGCAGGAAACAUUGUGAUGACCCGAAAUGAUGUCAUACCCAUUGUUAGAGCCUUUUUGAAAGCAUUGCAUUCAAAAGAGCCCACACGUGGUUUCUCACUGCUGCGAGUGUUGAAUGUAGUGAGGCGUGAGGACAAUGCUGUGGGCAGCCGGUAUCUGGUGGAACUGGAACUUGUGGGCCCUCAGGGUCAGAAAGUCCUGGUUUCACAUUACGUUUAUGCACCGCAGAUGGAAAUGGACCAGAACGCACAAACAGACCCAAUUCUCUGCAGUCCAAAAGAAUUCAGCUGGAACCCAUCUGCUACUGUUCAUGUAAUUGUGGCAGUGAAAAAUCAGGCCAGAUGGAUCAUACAGUUUAUCAGGGAAAUGGAGAAAAUCUACAGAGUAACUGGGGACAAACACUUUAAUGUAAUCAUUAUAGACUACAGCAGUUCUGAUGUUGAUAUAAAGGAAAGACUUAAAAAAGCAAAAUUACCAAGUUACCAGUAUCGGAAGAUGGAGGGUAAUUUUCAGAGAUCGGGGGGCCUUCAAGCAGGAAUAGAUCUUGUUGAAGAUGAGCACAGUAUUUUGUUCCUGUGCGACCUGCACCUCUACUAUCCUGUGAAUGUAAUAAACUACAUACGUAAACACACUAUCGAGGGAAAGAUGGUCUAUGCGCCAGUUGUGAUGAGACUGGAUUGCGGUGCAUCUCCAAGAGACCCAACUGGUUUUUGGGAGACUGCUGGUUAUGGUCUGAUGGGAAUCUACAAAUCAGACAUGGUCCGUAUUGGUGGCAUGAACACAAAAGAAUUUAAAGAAAAAUGGGGAGGUGAAGACUGGGAGUUGUUAGACAGAGUCUUAGGAAACGGGUUAGAGGUGGAGCGUCUCCAUCUUCGAAAUUUUUUGCACCAUUUCCACAGCAGACAUGGAAUGUGGGACGACAUUCCGGCUUAACAACAGAUGCUUGUUUUCAUGCUGUAAUUAGUUGCAAAUAUUUUGCACACUGCCAUCAUUUAUAACCUGUACUAGUGUAUUAGUGGCCUUUGAAUGACAUUGUUGAAUGACUGAGCAUUGAAUGAAUUAAAAUUCCUAUUCAUGGAUUCAGAAUGAAUUUGUGUUUGUACAGUUAGUAAAUUAUUGUUUUAUUGUUUUGUUUUUUGUUUUACUUUUUAGGUCAAAAUAUUUUGCACUAAUGUGGUGUUUGCAUGUAUAGGUGUACAAAAAUGUGCUAUUCACUAACUUUAUUAUGUAUCAUGAACUAAAUAUGAUUAAUGUUUUUUUUUGUUUUUUUUUACAGCAUUUAUUAACCUUGAUUAAUAGUAAUUAAUUAUAACUAUAUAUACAUACAUAUACAUACAAUAUAUAUAUACUAUUGUGACGAGGAGGAGGGUGUGGACGGGCCCUGAUGAUGCAUGCCUGGCGCUCAGUUGUCUAAUCAGCGGGAGAGAGAUAAGGAGGGGCCAGGAGUCCAGUUCAAGAGAAAGAGAGAGACGCACGUGUUGUGUGUGUGCGCGUCUUUGUUUGCUGCAAAGCACUUUUAUGUUAUGUUUAUUGUCUGUCUUUAAAGUUUACGCUCCUGUUCAGCCGGUUCCCGCCACUUCCUUGCCCAUGCUGUGAAACUCAUUACAUUGGUGCCGAAACCUGGGAGGGAGGAGGGGAUUUCUAAAUUUGCGAAAAUGUCCGGGAUUCGGCUUUAGUUGCAUUAUGAUGUGCAUCUGGUCUAAUACUUUUGUGUGUGUGCUCAUAUUUGCAUUGCUUUAACCCCUCUUUGUAAGUCCCGCCCUCUCGUACACCAAUUGGUGGAUUAUAAGAGGCUUGCAGCAACUAUUGUCCAAAUUCCUGCCUGUCAAUCUCUCCGCGAACGCGCAAAGCGCUGUUGUGUUCAGCAUCAAACAGUUGCUUGACAGUAGCAGCAAAUGACAGCUGAGUGGAAACAAUGCCCAAACAAAAGUGCAAAUUUACAGAAGAUUUGCACAAAAAUUCCCAUGCUUUUACCCAGGUCGAGAUCCGUGGGAAGCAGAAUGUAUGACAUGUAAAGCUGGCACUUAUGUGUCAGUUGCUAACAGGGCUGGAGUGGGAUUCAUAUUCAGCCCGGGAUGUCAUGUCCAAGUCAGCCCACACCCAAAAGGGGGGUUGGGGGUGAAGAUGAUAACAAUAAAACAAGAUCACAGCAAAAAUAUGCAAUAUAUGUAAUUACUUGAAAAUUAUUUAAGCUCUCCAUGUCAUUAUACCACAUACGGCAUUCACUAAGAUUUUCACUUUGUCAUAAGACAUCAUUGUAUGUGUUGUAAAAAUAAGUGAAUGUUAAAGGGAUAUUUGAUCAUUUCCUCACCCUCAUGCCAUCCCAGAUGUGUAUGACUUUCUUUUGCAGAACAUGAAUGAAGAUGUUUAGAAGAACUGUUGGUCCAUUCAAUGCAAGUAAAUGAGAAGCGGUGAGAAACAGAUCAAUAAUUAAGUCAUUUUUUACUAUAAAUCUCCACUUUCACUUUCAUAAGCACUCUUCUCUCUUAAGAGUUCUUCUUCUGUUUUUGGUGAUUUACAUAAGCAUAUCGCCCCAUACUGGGCAGGGAGGAGAAUUUAUAGUAAAAAAAAACAAAAAAAAAACUUAAAUGUUGAUCUGUUUCUUACCCACACCUAUCAUAUCGCUUCUGAAGACAUAGAUUAAACCGCUGGACUUGUAUGGAUUACUUUUAUGCUGCAUUCAUGAGAUUUUUGUACCUUCUGAGUUCUGAUCACCAUUCACUUGCAUUGAAAGGACCAACAUAACUGAGAAAUUCUUCUAAAAAGCUUCAUUUGUGUUCAGCAGAAGACAGAAAGUCAUACACAUCUGGGAUGGCAUGAGGGUGAGUAAAUGAUGAGAGAAAUUUCAUUUUUGGGUAAACUAAGUUUAUUUUAAAGAAUAUCUAGGCACAUAAUAACACUGUAGAGCUGUAAAUGUAUAUAACUCUUUCAAGAUGUACAGGCUCACACUUUAAAUGGUCAGUGCUUUGUAUUUUAGAUAAUUAAAAUAGCAACAGAUCCAGUGAAACAAUUAAGGUUGAGUGAUUGUUUUUACAUUUUUACAUGCCAUUCAAAAACGUGCCAUUUUACAAUGAUAAGAGUGAAAUAUUAUUUGUUAUGCUAAUAGAGUGUCUUUUUCACUGUAUUAAAGUUUGCAUUCAUAGUAACACUGUUUUGAACCCUAUUAUUCCAUUGAGCUUUCCUAUAAGUGAUAUCAUUUUGUUUUAAUUUGUGCUGUAAAUUGUCUGUAUCUGAUUAGUUUAGCAAUAUUGUUCUUGUACUGGUCAUUAGUGUGAUGAGAAUUAGUAGAUGUUGGUGAAGCAUCUGGACUAAAGCUCCAGACCAGCUGAGAGAGGGGAUUGGUUUAUUUGCUCAAGUCUUGUAAUUGCAGGGCUUUAUAAUGGUAUGAGUGGGUUACUGAGUUAUAGAUGUUUCCAGAAUUUUAUUGCCCAUUUUUGUAUUUUUAUAAUUGGUGUAUAUUUGCCUAAUUCUUCCCUGCAUGCAUUAUCUGUUAUGUGCCGGUGUACUUGAAUAUUUUUGCAUUUUGUAUUCUGCACUGAAAAAAGUGAGUGAGAUUUACUGAAAUUUUAUUUCACAAUUUUUUGCACUCUAAGUCAAUUUCAAUUAUAUAAAAUUAAGUCAAAUCUACUUAAUUUCAUGAAAUAAUAUUGAAGUGAGAGAGUUCAUUCAACUUAACCAUUCCAGUAACUUUUACUCACAAAUCUUAUGUAUAUGGAACUUAAAUAAGCUUGGUAAUAUUUAAAUAAACAUUUUACUAGAUCAUUCCACAUUUUUAAUUUUCUUUAUUAAUAACAUAUCGUCGCUGUCUGAUGAAAGGCACGUACCUUGUUAUAAUUCAUUUUUAAAGACCAUGGAAAAACUAUUUUUCUCAUA